AUGUUCGAGAUCCUUUUUUUUAAUACUUGCCAAAUCAAGCCGGAUAUAAAAUCCUCUCCUGUCAGCACCCUGCUGCUGGUGGUCCACGGAGGACACCGAGUAAAUGAGAGCAGCUUUAAUGAAGAGGCAGACCUGCUAACACUGCAGAAGGGACCCUCUUCAACAAGUAUGGGGUCACCAUGGAAACCAUUUCUGUUCUUCUCGAUCGUCAGUGGCCUUACAGACUUGGCAGAAUCAGUUGCUGCUCGGCCGAUGACCUACGCAGCUGCAGUUCUACGAAUGAAAUCCGACAGCUCUUCGUCACUGCUCAGCUCCCGCGGCAGACCUCGACACAGUGGACCUCCAGACUGGUCCCCUUUCACUAGUUACACUCUGCCAUCCCAAAACCUGCUUAACUCUCAGGAAGACUACAGAAGUGAAGAGAGCGAAGAAUUUGGACCCAUUUUCAUCCAGGAGCCAGAUGACGUUAUUUUUUCAUUGGAUUCUGAUGAAAAGAAAGUUAUGUUGCGGUGUGAAGCUCGAGGAAAUCCACUACCCACAUACAGCUGGUUCAUCAAUGGCUCAGAGGUCUACACAGAAGCAGAUUAUCGCUACAGUUUGAUAGAGGGGAACUUCAUCAUCACCAACGCCAGUGAAAGCACCGACAAUGGGAGAUACCAGUGCAGAGCUCAGAACAGCUUUGGGACCGUUUUGAGCAGAGACGUGCUCCUUCAGUUUGCAUUUCUAAAGCCGUUCAGCACAAAGACGAGAGGUGGAGUGUCUGUGCGGGAAGGACAGGGUGUUGUUCUCAUGUGCACCCCUCCUCCUCAUUCACCAGAGAUCAUCUACAGCUGGGUUUUUAAUGAGUUUCCUUCGUUUGUGGCGGAAGACAGUCGCCGCUUCAUUUCCCAGGACACAGGGAAUCUGUACAUCUCCAAGGUCCAGCCGUCUGAUGUGGGCAGCUACAUCUGUUUAGUCAAAAACCCAGUGACAAAUGCAAGGGUCUUAAGCCCGCCAACUCCACUGACACUCAAGACGGAUGGUGUGAUGGGCGAGUAUGAGCCCAAAAUUGAAGUGCAUUUCCCCCCGUCUGUCCUCGCUGCCAAAGGAGCCACUGUGAGGCUGGAGUGCUUUGCUCUGGGAAAUCCAGUACCAACAAUUACGUGGAGAAAGAUAAAUGGCAACAUCCCUAAGAAAGCCAGACUGCGGAAAUCUCAGGCUGUGCUGGAGAUCCCAAACAUCCAGCUAGACGACUCUGGGACUUACGAAUGCAAAGCCGAAAAUCCACGAGGAGGAACCGCUUUCAAAGGUCAUCUGCAGGUCUACACCCUCCCUCAAUGGGUCAGAAUGAUUAAUGAUACUCAGAUGGAUAGUGGAGAGAAACUCCAGUGGGAGUGCAAGGCCACAGGGAGGCCCCGGCCCACCUAUCGCUGGCUUCUUAAUGGGCUGCCCUUGACAUCGCAGGCUCGUAUAGAAAUUGUCAAUGGAGAGCUAACAAUUCAAAGAGUGCAGCAGACGGAUUCGGGAAUGUACCAGUGCAUAGCUGAAAAUAAAUACGGGGCGGUCUAUUCCAGCGCUGAGCUCAAGAUCUUAGCCUCUCCCCCCGUCUUCAUCCGUAACCCCAUACAUAUUAUUGCAACUCUGGGAAAAGACGUGCUCCUGGAAUGCAAACCAAAAGCCUCGCCCAAACCUCGGAUAAUAUGGAAGAGAGGAGACAGACGCGUCAUGCCAAAUAAAAGGAUUAUGCUGCUGCGAAACAACACUCUGAGGAUUGUUAACUCCAGCCGAGCGGACGAAGGCAACUACGUGUGCCGGGCAGAGAACCAGUUGGGCUCAGCAGAGAUGACGGCCAUGUUGUGGGUAAAAGAGGCCAUGCGUGUGGAGCUGAGCCCCAACAGAGUGGAGGUGACGGUGGGGGAGAGUGUUGUGCUGAGCUGCAGGGCCACACAUGACACUUCUCUGGACGUGGCUUUUCAGUGGUUCUUUAACCAACGGCCCAUCAACUUUCAACAGGACGGAGGCCACUUUGAAUACAUCCAGACGGUCAGAGCUCAGCAGACCUCCACUGUGGAUCUGAUGAUUAGGAGCAUUCUGCUGAAGCAUGCUGGGAAAUAUGGGUGCCGGGCCCAGACGAGUGCUGAUACUGUGUUUGCUGAGGCCGAACUUCUAGUGCGAGGUCCGCCCGGUCCCCCUGGUGUGGUCAUAGUGGAGGAGAUCACCGACACGAGAGCCACACUGUCCUGGAGCCGCGGCCUGGACAACCACAGCCCCAUCAGCACCUAUAAUAUCCAGGCUCGCAGCCCGUUUUCAUUAGGCUGGCAAACUGUCAAAACAGAGCCGGAGCCCGUCACCGGGGACCUGGAGUCAGCCGUAGCCGUGCAGCUUAACCCCUGGGUGGAGUACGAGUUCAGGGUAGUGGCCAGUAACGCCAUCGGCACCGGAGACCCCAGCGCGCCGUCCAGAGCCGUGCGCACUAAAGAAGCAGUCCCAUCAGUGGCACCGGCCAACGUGAGCGGGGGCAAUGGCCGGCGGCAUGAGCUUGUGAUCUCCUGGGAGCCCGUGUCAGAGGAGUUCCAGAAUGGAGAAGGGUUUGGUUACAUCGUGGCGUUUCGAGCCAAUGGGAGCAGAGGAUGGAAAGAGAAGAUGGUGACCUCGGCGGACUCUACUACUUAUAAAUACAGAGACGAGACCUUUCCGCCGCUGACGCCGUUCGAAGUGAAAGUCGGAGUCUACAACAACAAAGGAGACGGGCCGUUUAGCAAAGUGGUGGUUAUUCACUCUGCGGAGGGAGAACCCAGAGAAGCUCCAUCUGAUAUUAAAGCUUUCAGUAUUUCCUCGUCUGAAAUGAAGGUCACUUGGAAACCACCCAACCCUGGUCCUGGAAGACCCAGAGGAUAUGAAGUGAGCUACUGGAAAGACUCCGAACAGGAAGAUGCUGGCCCAAAACAACGCACUGUCAAAAAUGAGACGUCAAUGGUGUUGUCAAGACUAGAGAGCAACAGUCUGUACCACAUCACUGUAAAAGGUUUCAACAGCAUCGGCCAGGGACCUGCCAGUGCCGCUGUCACCGCUCGGACCCGGAAAGCGCCACCAGCGCAGCCCCCCAGUAACUUAAUGUGGAUUCAGGAAGGUAACAACGUGUCUCUGAACUGGACUCCUGUCAAGGCCAAAGACAAUGAAUCGGAUGUGAUCGGUUACAUGGUGAUGCUGAGGCAGGAGGGCAGAGCUCAUAACCAGAUCACCAGAACCAUUAACCCAUCCACCAUGCUGUCGCUGCCCGAGGGAGGCACUUACAUCAUCGAGGUGCGGGCGCUAAGCGAGGGCGGAGAGGGAUCGCUCAGCUCUCACAUCCGACUGGUCACUUCCUCUGGCGUUCGAGCGAAAAACCACCAGUGUUCUGUGCAUUUCCUCUCCCUGAGCCUCACAUGGACUGCUCUCGUGUCGUUGGUCUUGGUGCCUUUAGCGUCGUGGUGA